UCCCUGCCUUCCUCUCUCCCUCGAUCCUGAAAAAAGUCUGCUGCUGCUCCUGCUGGCUUUGCAGUGGAGCGAGAGACGAACACACACACAGGCAGAGGAGAGUCCCCGCCUGCUCUUCCGUGCUGCCGCUUGCUCACGAGUUCCCACUGCUGCUGUGAGCUGCGAUGGCAGUCGGGGAUCAUCGGGGACGCGACACAGAGCGGGGAUGCACCUCAUGACCGUGGACUCGCUACCCAACACUCACUCGCUAUUCUUCUUCUUCUGCCACUCACUCGGUGACACUUUCAUUCUCACGCUCGCUCGCUCGCUCCCUCCCUCGUUCGGCAUCCCACUCGCUCAUUCAAUCCCUCAGUCAUUCAGUUCCGCCGUAUCGCUCGCGCGCUCUCACGCUCUCGUUCGCGCUCGCUCGCCCACGGCCACGCGCAAUCUUCAACUCCUCGACCUGCGAGUUCGUCUCAUCGCGCGCUCAUUCACUCGCCCGGCCGCCCGUCUUCCCCGCCGGACUUCCAAGCCACUCACACAGACGGACGCGCGCGCGCACGUGCGCGCACUCGCUUGGGACUGUCAAGCCAUGGUCGUGACCACACAGCACCGGCAGCGGUGGUGACGUCGUCGAGCCUCGACUCAAAAUCCACCGACGGUCGCGACAGGCGCCUCCGCGCAAGGUCGCGCGCCGGGGUGCGACUUUUUGUUGCUGUUUUUGUUGCCGCGCGCGAGUUCGCCGCGGCUCCCGCAUCGUUUGCGCUGCCGCCAACCCCGGGCGGAGACCAUGAACAGGAUGCGGGACAUCGCCGCCGAGGGUCCCAGGUCGCUGGGGCCGGCGAGGAAGGCGAAGACGCCCCGAAAGUCGAGCAAGCCGACCAGGUACCCUCCCCCGGCGCCGGGCUCCCUGGCGUCGAGCACGGGAUCCCCGCCGGGCAGUCCCCUCGACAGCAGCGAGACGGAGGAGCCCGGGGAGCCUCGGCGGACCCCGACGGGGCACGCCGAGUUGCCCCACGCGUUCCGCCCCACGCCCAGCUACGUGGUGGCUGCCGCCGGCGUCGUCGGCGGUGGUGGCGUCGGUGCCUGCUCCUCGUCGCGUCUGGAGGAGAUGAAGCCCGACCAUCCGCUCGGCGCCUUCUACCCCAGCCAGUUCCUCUGGGGUCUUGCCGCCUCGGCCGAGGCGUCCGCCCUAGGCAGGGCGGCCACGGUGAACGUGAUCCGAGGCCCCAAGGUGGCCGUGGUGCCCUCCUCCUCCUCCUCGGCGUUCGACGCGAGCACGGGGACGAGUAGCGGCGGCAGUGGCGACGAGUGCUCGCUCUCGCCGGCCUCAGUGGGUGGGAAGAGGAGGCACCACCACCACCUGCAGCUGCAGCAGCUGCAGCUGCAGCAGCAUCUGCACCACCACCACCUACAUCAUGCACUGUCUUACGUGGACGAACGUCAUCAUCACCUCGCGCACCAUCAUCAGCAGCAGUAUCAUCAGCAGCAGCAACAGCAGCACCACCACCAGCAGCAAGAGCAGCAUCAUCAUCAGCAGCAGCAACAGCAGCAACAACAGCAGCAGCAGCAGCACACAUCACCGCUCCCUCCUUCCUCCAAGAGGGCCCGGUUCGGAGUCCUCGGAGCGCCAAGCGAGGAGGACAGCAUGGACAGCGCCGGGACCGGGCAAGGGGCAGGCCCGAGGGCAGGGCCAGGGCCGGGGCAGGAUGACGACGACGAGUCUGGCGGGGCAGCGUCGUUGCAGGGCUCGGACUCGAAGGUGGUGCAGCAGACGAGAAGGCUCCUCGCGAACGCACGAGAACGCACGCGCGUGCACACCAUCAGCGCCGCUUUCGAAGCUCUUCGCCAGCAGGUGCCGUGCUACUCGUACGGGCAGAAGCUCAGCAAGCUGGCCAUCCUGCGCAUCGCCUGCAGCUACAUCCUGGCGCUGGCGAAGCUGGCCAACGAGGACUACAGUGGCGAGCCGGGCGGCCUGAGCUUCACCGAGUGUGUGGAGCAGUGCACGCGCACGCUGCAGGCCGAGGGCCGCGCCAAGAAGCGCAAGGAAUAAUUUUCGAGGAGAGGCGCGGUGACAAGAAAUGGAAAUAAAGAAGAAUCAUGCUGCCCUACAAUCAAAAGCACUUUCAACCUUCGGACAAUGACUUUGGGACGCUCGAGCAGAAUUUAUUAUAAGAAUUAUUAUUAUUAUUAUAAUACGCAGUGUUAAACGGCAACCGUGGAGCCAGCUUGUCGGGCCCGUGGCGGGCCUAGCGGAGGGCGGGGGACCGCUGCGGCCUGGAUUCCUGUCGCGUCCCUCGCGGCUCGCGGUGGGCCGGGGUGGUGGUGGUGGGGGGGGGAUUCCGACGGACGCCGCGAACGCGGUGUGGCCGGUCCCCGUGCCACCACCGACGAAGCUGGGACGCACGAACAAAGUUGCAAGGCGUCACGUAAACCAACCUUGUUUUGUUUUUAACGUGAUUUCACGUGUUCGACAGAAGGUGCACAGUUUGCGGUAAAAUAGUGUGAGCGUACGUUGGCUUAAAUUCUUUUGGGGGGGGGGCGGGAUUUUUUUUUGUUCAACAACAACAACGACGAUGACGACGACGAUGACGACGACAAAAGAAGAAUGAAGACGAUGUCAACGGGCCAUCGGGAGAGUUGGCGGCACCUUGAGAGCGACGCGUGCGUCGUGCCUCUGUGGGGCGCUUCGCGGCCGGUCGGGUUUAAAUAAGUAACGUUUUACUGCAGUCAUGCCAAUAUAAUGUGAAUAUGAUUGGGACGUUUUAUAGCCUAUUUUUACGUAAAGUAUCAAAUAAAUUAAAUUGCUUCUCACCUGUGGCUGCGCGCGUGGCUGUGUAAGCACGCGACACGGUGAAUUGACGCACCGUGCCUGGGCCGACAUCCUAAGCAGCGUGGGUUCAACUCCCAGCCGUUCGCUUCGAUGAAGUGUGCAGCACCUGAACCUGUCCCGGGCCUCUCCUGGGCCUCUCCUGGGUCGUCUCGCGCCUUAAAUCGUUGCGGCGCGUGAACGUCGGCACCGAGGAGACAAAGGUGGCUGGCCGCUGAACGGCGGUGCGGGCCACACCACAGCACGCGGUCGGGGUGGCUCAGGCCACACCACAGCACGCGGUCGGGGUGGCUCAGGCCACACCAACCCGAUCACGUGCCAUCUUGGCUUUGGUGAAUCGUUGGCCAACAGCGCUUGCUAGAAGAUUACGUAUCCACUCAACAAUAGCGCGUGUGUGCGCGUGCGUGCGCGUGUUUAUACGUGUAUAAAUAUAAGCGUACAUUGUACAUGCGUUUAUUGAUACAUGUGCAUUACACAUACAUGCUGUACAAAUGUACAUCGAAGCAGUGUAGGUGUUUCGGCACUGCUGACAGUAAUUAUGUGUCUGCUGUUUGCAACGAUGUAUACACACACACGCUCCGCGGUCAUAUGACAAAUGCUUCCGUCUUGUACAUAGUGUAAUAUCUUAAUCUGUGAAGUUUACAGUUUGAAUAAAUGUAAUAAUCAGUGUUGUCCAUUAAUAAAACCAAAAACAAAGCCUUUGCA